AUGAGGCUCCUCAUUGUCUUGUCAACCCUCGCAGUGGCGGUCCUUGCCCGACCAGAAUAUCAUCAUGGUCCCGACGUACACUCGUUCCAGGCGUACCACGGACCUCUGGCUCCACUCGCACACGACGGUCGAGUAGUCGACACUCCCGAGGUAGCCCACGCCAAGGCAGCCCACUUCCACGCUUUCAACGAGGAAUUGUCCAAAGUCCCUCACGGUCCUGAUCUCCACCACGACUACCACGAAGAGCACCACGAACCAAUCGUACACCACGCUGUCGCUGCCCAUCACCCAGUUGCUGCUUACCACCAUCCAGAACCUGAACACCACGCGUACCAUGGACCACCAGCUCCCCUUGCUCAUGAUGGUCGCGUCGUCGACACACCCGAGGUAGCUCACGCAAAGGCCGCUCAUUUCCACGCCUACAACGAGGAGCUAUCAAAGGUCAGCCAUCAUCCCCAUCACGGUGGCCCUGAGAUCGCAUACGGCCACUACUAGGUGUCUCACAAUGCCUGGCUAUAGCGCAUACUAUGACGAUUAAGCAGCGAUUAAACUUACUCAUUAUCUGUAUA